GGCAGCGGCGGCAACCUGUAUCCACACAACAGGAGCGCACCCCAAGAGCACAUUGACGUCUGAUAAACUUCUGUGAUAUAUAGCUUCUUAUUUUUUAACGAAACUCACAGUGCGUUCCCAUCACAACACAUGCGCGCUGGUUGAAUCUCCUUGUAUGUAAGAUCUGUGUUGGGUUGAGGAUGCGCUCCUGACUUGGAUUAACGCGCGGCGGUGAAGGGCGAUUCGCACUUGGAACAUUAUGUAAGGUUGUCCGGGCGUCUUAGACUGCAGUAUUUCCCUCAGACGCAGCCAUGAAAUCUGUUCUGGAUGGUGUGGCAGACACCACCUUCCGGACUAUUACAUCUAGUUUACAGUAUUUGGGCUCCAAUGACGCUAACUAUGAGGACCCCCUCAAUGAUGUAGACUUCAAGGCGGGCUUCUCUCUGCAGAAGCCCUUGUCUGCUUUCCGCAGCAACUCCUUCCCGAACAAAGUACCUGCAGACGAGGAGCUCAUCCUCAAGGGCAUCCCCUUCUUCCCCACCAAUGCCACAGACUUGUUCGGCAACAGGAGCACAUUCAGAGAUGAGACGAACACGAUACAGUGUGGGGAGAACUUCAUGGACAUGGAGUGUUUCAUGAUCCUGACCCCCAGCCAGCAGCUGGCCGUGGCAGUGAUGGCUCUGACUCUGGGUACCUUCACGGUGCUGGAGAACCUGGUGGUGCUCUGCGUCAUCUUCCAGUCCCGCACCCUCCGCCGCCGACCCUCCUACCACUUCAUAGGCAGUCUGGCUGUGGCUGAUCUGCUGGGAAGUGUCAUAUUUGUCUACAGCUUUCUGGACUUCCAUGUUUUCCACAGGAAAGACAGCCCCAAUGUGUUUCUCUUCAAGCUGGGUGGAGUCACGGCGUCGUUCACUGCAUCUGUUGGGAGCCUUUUCCUCACUGCUAUUGACCGCUACAUCUCCAUACACCGGCCUCUCGCCUAUAGGCGCAUCGUGACACGGACCAAGGCUGUCAUUGCCUUUUGUGUGAUGUGGACCAUCUCCAUUGUCAUUGCAGUGCUACCUCUGCUGGGCUGGAACUGUAAACGUCUCAAUUCGGUUUGCUCCGACAUAUUCCCUUUAAUAGAUGUGAACUACCUGUUGUUCUGGAUCGGGGUAACCAGCGUGCUGGUUCUUUUCAUCAUCUACGCCUACAUAUACAUCCUCUGGAAAGCGCACCAUCACGCUGUCCGCAUGCUCAGCCGCACAUCCCAGAAGAGCCUUGUUGUUUACUCAGCAGAUGGGACUAAAGUGCAGACCACGCGCCCUGAGCAGACGCGCAUGGACAUCCGCCUGGCCAAGACCCUAGUGCUCAUCCUGGCAGUGCUGGUCAUCUGCUGGGGCCCAGUGCUGGCCAUCAUGGUCUACGACCUCUUCUGGAGGAUGGGCAAUGACUUCAAGACAGUGUUUGCAUUCUGCAGCAUGCUGUGUCUGCUAAACUCCACUGUCAAUCCAAUCAUCUAUGCCUUGAGGAGCAAGGACAUGCGGCACGCCUUGCUCACCUCCUGCCAUGCAUGCAGGGGCAGUGCCCAGCAGUUGGACAAUAGCCUUGAGUCAGACUGCCAGAACAGAAAUGCCAAUAGUUCUGCCAACAGGGCGGCAGAGAGCUGCGUGAAGACCACUGUGAAGAUAGCCAAAGUAACAAUGUCCGUGUCAACCGAAACGUCUGCUGAGGCCGUCUAAUUGGCCGUCACGCAGGAAACUGUAAAUGUCAUCCUCCCCAAACAAUGCCAUUUAACACAAUGAAGCAGAGGUUAUAUAUCCCAGAGAAAGAAAAGCUCACAUAGACGCAUUAGUGGUUGCAUUGCUCUACGUUGGUCUGUCAGUACAUGGUGUGCCAAAGUGCCAAACCGUAUUGCAAGGUCAUAGGAAGGACUCGCAAUUGGAAAGGGUUAUCAAAGACUAUCAUAAGUCUGCUGUUCACCAUAGACUUCAUUAUGUCCAGUUAGUUAAGGCAUAUUAUAUUUUUGUACUGUGUAUUCAGGUUUUCAAAACAAUAUCUUCAUUUAUGGGAUAAGGGGCUACUGAUAUUUUUAAUUCGAGAUGUUUUACCGUAUUGUUUAGACUUUAAAAUGUAUCUUGCACCAUAAAUAUAACAAAGCUUCUUGUCUUGGCUUUCUACAGAACUCAUGUACAUGUAGACAUUUUUGAGGGAAUGCUAAAAAAUAAAGUUCAAAUAACUUUGAUAGUUUUUUCCCCCCAAAUUAACAUGAAACGUUUCAUUUUAGUACCUCCUCUGACAAUACUCACUGAGUGGCAAACUGCGUGAAGACAUUAUGAGGUAUGACAGGUGAGUCAUGCUCAAGAGAAAAGAAGAAAAAACCGUUAUCUAAAUGAGAUGGAGGUAAACGGUUCCACAUCAUUUACAUGUGUCAAAUAUGGAAAUGGCAUUUUCUGUGGCAGUGACGAUCGUCUCUGUUCUUUAACCACUCGCUGUUAGACCUAUAGAGUAAUGUGUCUUUGUUCAAAUGUGUACCUAACAACUGUACAGUCUUUUCUCGCUAAAUAAAGUGUUCAAAUCAACUAGCUUUACAGCCAACACAACAACACAACAACAACAACAGCUUUUGGACAAUGCUUGAUCAUACAAACUGAAUUUGGAUGCAGUGUGCUGGUCACCACUGUGACAAACUGAAGUAGUUUCUGAGCUGCUUUCAUCAAAUGUACAAUGAUAAUGCCCUGUGUGUGUGUGUGUGUGUGUGUGUGUGUGUGUGAUACCUUGUGACUUGAUGAUAUGUCCAACCCCAAGCCGUUUGACCAUUGCAGUGAGUUGUUUUUUGUGCUACUGUUGCAGGGGGGCAUCUUCUGGAAAAUAAAAGCAACCCAUGCACAGGCCUAGUGAAGUACUUUUGGCGUAACACUUAAUACAAAUAUGUGCUGUUCAUUUUACUUAUCUAAACCAAGAAGAGAGGGUCUGUUCAUUAGCUGGUAACGUGGAUGGAAGUCUGUGUGUAUGCAUUGUGUGGAGGGGACUCGACAACUGACCUUACAAAAAUAAUCUGCUACAAUGUGAUUGUUCUAAUAGAUGAUGUAGAACUUUUUUUCUAAAACACUCACAGCACAAUUGUUCUUGAUAUUUAUCUUGGUGUAAAGUUAUCCAGACCGCUGUUUACCAGUAUGCUUUUCUGCCUCUUGUAUUAUCCAGUAUUGAUGAUCAACAUGUCAACUGUCCAGUAGCUUCUGUAAAGUGGUGGCAUCAUAAGGAAUCUAUGACUUAAAAACCACAACCAAUCAAGUGUUUUAUUGCUGUUUUCAAACGUGUGAAUAAAGUUGCAGCUGGUUGUCA